AUGGAAAAAUUAAAGAAAAAAGUGCAAUCGUUGGGAUUAUGGAAUUUAUUCUUGUCAAAAGAUUACCCAGAAGGUACUAAUCUAUCAAAUUGUUCAGAGCAGAUACAGAUCAGCAUUCGCAAUGACAGAACCACAAAUAUCGAGGCUUCAAUUCAAAGAUUUUGGGAUCAGGUGAUCCACGUUGCGUUUGGUGGUGAAAAAAUCUGA